AUGGUAAUAGGUGACUUUAAUGCAGUGUUAAAUGCAGAUGACAGAAUAGGUGGAAAGGAAGUGACAUGGGCUGAAGUGGUGGAUUUUCACAAUUGUGUAAUGGAGUGUGGAUUAAUGGAAUUGCCAGCACAAGGGAAUAAGUUCCUGGCUGAAGGAAUCAGUAAUCAUUGUCCAGCUAAGGUUGUUAAAACGCUGAAACUGCUAAAGAAGGGACUAAAAACAUUAAAUGCACAGGCUUUUAAUAACAUAUUGACAGAAACAAAUGAAGACAGGGCUAAUCUAAAGAAGGCUCAAGAGCAGUUGCAGAGAAGACCCUUAAAUGUGGAGUAUCAACAAGCUGAAGCUAAAGCAUAUGAGAAGUUUAGGAAUUCAUCCUACUUAGCUGAAUCAGUUACUCAGAUAAAAGACAGCUCUGGAAAUUGGCUAACAGAUCCAGAUAGAAUUGCAGAUACUUUUGUUGAGUAUUAUGAGAACUUAUUAGGGAGGACAACAAAUGAGAGAGUGAUGACUUUCAGGAGUAUAAUCAGAAAUGGAAGCAGAUUAUCAGAAACACUUCAAGAUGAACUAAUACAACCUUUCUCGAGAAGGGAAGUAAAGCAAGCUAUGUUCCAAAUAGACAUCAAUAAGAGUCCUGGUCCAUAUGGAUUUGGGAGUGGUUUUUAUAAAGCAGCUUGGCCAAUAGUGGGAGGAGAUAUUACUGAAACAAUAUUGGAGUUCUUUCAGAAUGGAAGAUUGCUUAGACAGAUAAACACUAUUAACAUUGCUUUGAUACCUAAAGUGGAGGUUCCUUAG